AUGUCUUCGUGGACGGGCCAGGGCGGGCCAGGGGGCUCAUCUGGGUCCGAAUUUAUACAUGUCGACCAUGAUGGACACGCGGGUUCCUCGCCCGGGAGUGGUACCACUGGUAUGCGUCCAGACUUUGGGCUCAGUCGGUCUAUACCCACCAAAUCAUUAGAUAGAUCCAGUAAUACAAGGGAACGAGAACAGAGAACAAGGACGUCGUCCAGCCAACGCGGUCGCAGUAGCAAUGGAAGCACAAGCUCCUCCAGCAGUUCUAUUAAGUGGCAAUCAACAAUAAAUCAAUUGACCGAUCAGACGAUACCUGAAGAUCAGGCAGCCAUCCGGCGACUGGGUGAAGAUGUUCGUAAGGCUGGCGCCGCUGGUGCACAAGCCGCUGUUGGCGCACUACGCACACGAAUGGCCGAUAAAAAUGCUACUCCUGAAAGUCGAGUUAGAUCAAUCUCUGUCGCUCGCGUCUUGGCACAGAAAGCUAUAUCUGGAGUAGAUGCCCAGCGUCAAAUUGCGGACCCCUCUUUUGUUAACACAUUGAAGAGUAUUGCUAGCGAUCCUAAUGUGCGAGCCUCCUUGAAGACUUGGGCCUCUCAAAUUCGCAUCGGCGAUCCAGCUGAGGCUUCAGAGCUUGCGUCGAUUACUGGUCUUGACGAGCAUCUCUCUGAAGGAGUUGCGUCCCAAACACCUCGUCGACCGCCAGCAAAUAUUCCGGGAACUGCAUCAUUCCAAGGUCGUCCUCAACUAGCCACCACAGAAGAAGUAGACGAGCCCCGUUCGGCCAUUACAGCCCAUAAUAGUGGCAGCCAAUUAUUCGGUGCACCGAUGCCGGGCGGAUUCGGUCUUGAUGGAGGCGCGUUUGAUGCGAAUGGCUCCGUGGCCGGAGGCUCGAACGGAAGUGUGCGAGAAUUUCCACAAUCAACCAUCCAGGGGAUCCCACCUCAUUUGUUGAUUCCCCAGCUCGAGACGGGUGGUGGGGGUGGCGCACAACCACUCUCACAUCCAGCCCCACCUUCAGGAUGGGGAGAAGACGAGGACGGAGUUCAAUCCGAUGCACCGUCAACGCGGAGCAAACGCACGACAAAAACAAAAUCACGGCUGGGGCGCUCAACGUUGGGAGUAGCCACUCCAUCGAUCGAUGGGGGGCGGGAGGCGCGGAGUCGGCUCGACCAACAAAUUCCGCGCCAUGAACAUAGCAGCUCUACUCUGGCCUCGUCGUUUGGCGCUGAUGGCACAAUGUCGGAAGUCGAGAGCACUCAUACCCCCGGCGGAGACUCCUUGAUGUAUGCGCGCCACCACGGCACCGGCAUACCCGUGCCACCUAUAACUGUACCCGCGGCUACACCCGUGCCCACGGUUGCUCCUCAGGUUCUGCCUCCGUCUCGUCAGCGCUCAAUCUCUCCAGACCCUAUUCGAGUUCCCCGGCGUCGUUCUCCAUCUCCAAGAGGUGCAAGGUCACGCAUGGCCAGCCGAGCACGCGCAGAGUCACGCCGUCGACCGGCCCCAGCAGCCGAUCCUGCUGCUAUGUUGAUCGAACUUACUGGUGUUCAAUUUGUCCGGGCCCGAAAGGAUUACGAUGCGCUUCGUGACGACGAGUUGUCCCUGAACGAGGGUGACAUCCUGGCAGUCAUCAAACGCGAAGCGGACGGUCGAUACUGGCUUGGACAUAUUCAGGGUCAGGUCGGUCGGUUUCCUGUGCACGUCGUGGAUGUGUUGUCGCAUCAAUCGAGAACUCAGGGUGAUUCUACAGCUCAGGAAGAGAAGACCACUGAACUGUUGCGCCGAGCGAGGGAGAUAGAGGACUUUAUGGAACAUUUGCACGAAUUUGACAUUACAAGACAUUGCAUCACAGACGAUGAUGAUAUCCAGGCGGACCUCUCCUCACUCUUGGAAUUGAGAAGAGAAGUUGUACGACAUUUAGAUGAAACCACAACGGGGAUAGGUCGCUUAAAGGCAAUGCUGAACCAGAUCAAGCAAGCACAACGUGUACACGAUAGGCUGAUUGAUUCGCGAAUUGCUGGAUAUGCUGCACGAACGGCGAUCCACGACGAAACGCCACGCAUGAACUAUCAAGAUCUACCCAGCAAUAUGGGAUAUCCAUACGCAGCACCUCCCUUUGACAUGACCCCAUAUGCACGGCGUACAUCUGGUAUGCCCCCUCAGCAAAUCGAACAAGCUCCUCGUCCAUCGAUAACUCAAAGGGGAUACAAUGAUCAAAGGGGGUAUAACGAACCUGCUGCAGCACUGAGGUAUCGUCAAUCCCAGGAGAUGGGAUAUCCACCCCGUACCGGGCACCAGGGGAUCAUGCCUCCACGCGCAAGGACAUAUUCUUAUGCACCUGCUUCAACGCCGACUACACAACAAUCUCCUGAUGAUAUGUCCAUGUAUGCCACGGAACCCAACACUCCUGGAGAACCAUUGAUUGCGGGAGCAACAAACGGCCAAUUCCCGCUCCCUAUGUCGGCUCAAACUGGAGGGUGGGGAGAGAGUGAGCGCGGUGGUACUGUAAAAGAUGAUGUCGGACGCACGACCAGGUCUGGGCGCAACAGGGGCCCCUCUGACACAAGCGCCCACACCCAUACUUCACGGCGCGGGGCGUUCUGA